GUAUAGCCUUGCGGAUCUGGACAUUUGGAUACAGAAAAAUGUUGAGGCUCGUCAGCCGGGCACACACAAAGGUAACUUAUAUAUGUUAAAAACCUUGAAGCUUAAUAUGGAAGAGAGGACAACAAACUUACAGCAUUACAGAAUCGAUGCUGAUCAUUUACAACUAUAGCUUAGUAUUAUAGUCGGUGAAACUAGGCUAGGACAAACGGUUGUAUAUCAGAAGGACAGAGACUGGGAGGCCUACUUUACAUGUGUAUUAAUAUACAUAAGGAAUAACGAUAAAUAUUUGAUGUCAUACCUCAGAAAUCACCAGGUGAAAUGGAAGAAAAUCUAAUUUCUUUCUAUAAAGGACAAAUACCGGUUCGUGGUCCGGGUCAAACAAAAUGUGUAUACCACAAAGCCCUGCCUCUAUGCUGGUAUUGUGAGACAUGUUGUGAUGUCAUAUGUCUCAGAUGUGCAAAGAAUUCACAUAAAGAUCAUGACAUUACUGAACUUAGCAAAAUUACUCCCGACAACAAACGUAAGAUACACAUGUUUAUAGAAGAAACGGAGCAAAAAAAGCUUAUUGAAAUUGAACACGAAAUGAUUUCUACACAGGACAGUCUGGAUAAACACUUGAACCAGUGUGAGGAUUUGGAUGAUGAAAAUACUAAACUCCUCAACGGUUACAAGACUGAACUCGGGGAAAAGCUUGCAGACCUAAAGGAGCAUCUAAAGCAAUGUAAGGAAACUGUUCAGACAGGCACAGAUAUCCAGGUGUUUGACCUUACAAAACGACUCCACAUCAAUAGCACCUUACCUGAAAAACCAUUUCUAGGUUCUGUCGACUUCAGUCCAAACUUUAACAGGAAAGAAAUCCAGGAGGAGGCAUUUGGAAAAGUAACUCUAAACCCAUCUGGACAUUCUCAAAGUCCGCCAUCUACCAGCCCUGACCAAUCAAAUGGAACAUUAGCUCAACACAGUCAAGACAACAGAAGGAAUGAUAUCCAGGAGGAGACAUUUGGAAAAGCAGCCAGAAUAUCAUCUGGAAAGUCUCAAAGACAGACAUCUACCAGCCCUGGCCAAUCAGAUAAAACAUCAGUCCAAGAGAACCCAUUAUCUUCUGAGCUACAAUGUUCAGAGAAAGGGAGCACAGACACAUGUCAAGACCCAGAGAAGGUCCUUCUUCCUCAGAUUAAGAUUAUAUCAGAAUGGAAAUCUCCUUGUACCAUUAAUGCUAUCUGUCCAAGUGGUGGUGAUGGAAUGUGGACAAGUGACUGUUUAACUACUAAACUGAAACGCCUUACUUGUCAGGGAGAUAUACAAGAUCAAAUACGGAGUCGUUUCCACAUAAGCGAUAACUCUGUAUCCCCCACUACUCGCAAUCUCUGGACAUGUUCUGAAAGCGUCGAGGAGCUCAUAUCAGGUAAACUGACUGAGAGAUUCAAAACAAAUGAUGAACCUCGAUGUCUUUGUGUUACUAGUGAUGAGCAUAUCCUUGUUGGAACAAAACACAGAAUUUCCGAGUACACUCCGGACGGGAAGCCCGGUAUCACCACCGAAAUAUCAUUGUUCAAGAAAGCGGUGGUGUGUUCACCAUGGAGGAUAUCACAGUGUCCCCUCAGCGACAAUGUCGCUGUAGUUGAUAGAGAUGAGGAAAAAGAUGGCGGUAAGGACAAACCAGCAGUCAUAGUGUUGGACAGACAACUACAGCACUUAUAUAGGUAUGGAGAAUCACAACACAACAGCAUGACUAACUGUCAAUGUUUUGACCCCUGGGAUUUGACGUACGACAGUCAAAGAUUCCUGGUGGUUGCUGACUAUAAAAACAAACACCUACAUCUCCUGAGUGGUGAUGGACAAUACCUGCGACUGCUACAUACUGAUAUAGACAAUCCCCGAGCUGUAUGUGUGGACACGGAGGGAGUGCUGUGGGCGGUGUUUGGUCUUGUAUUCAUGACUUAUCAAAAGGUGAAACGACUGCAGUACACAGGAUUUUAAAUCUAACUCUACGUGUCAUCACCAUCAUGUGUAGUACAAAUCAAACAUUACCAAGAGAUGUGACAAAAACACAUGUGUUGUACAAACAGAAGGUUACAACGACAACACGGUCUGUUGGGAUUUGGACAGGUGAACCAGGAGAUGGCUCACCAAACUUCUUAGUACUAUACCUAUACCCAUCAGUUACAUGUCAGAUUGUGUAGUGUAUAAUUUACACCCAUAUGUUACAUUUCGGAUAUUGUAAUGUACCAUCUUCGUCUACUUGUUAUAGGACGAAUUGUGUUAUGUAUAAUUUACACCCAUUUGUCACAUAUUGGAUUGUGUAGUGAGAAAUCCACACCCAUUUGUUGCAUGUCAGAUUAUUUAAUAUAAAAUCCACACCCAUAUGUUACAUGUCAGAUUGAGUUUUGUAUAAUCCACACCAUUUUAUUGGAUUGUGAAGCUAUUUACUGUGUUUGAGGAAACACGUUUUAUGAUGAACCCAAAGGAAGGAAGAAUAUUGAUUAACAGUCUGAUCUUAGAGAACAAUAUAGCUAACCGCAAAAAAUAUAUUAGAUAUAGUUUACAAUAAUCACAUUGAUUGAAGUCCAACAUAGUCGAAAAAAUCACUUUCAAAAAAGCGUCAUAAUUUGAAUGAAAACAAAACAAUACCAGAAUUGAAUAUAAUUUUGGUGGUCAAUAUUUAACACGUAGUUUAAUAUGUCGUUAAACGUUUUUUGAUAACAUCAUAUUAGUUUGUGUUUCAUCUUGUAAAAGCAUAUUGCAGAAGUAACGAAAUUGUGUCAUGCCACUAUUCAGUGUUAGGUUCAUAAUCCACAUAUUAUUAUAUCGGAGAAUACAGUGACGGUUUAACCUGUUAUUCUGAAGGGAUAGUAAAUGUAUUUUGUCACAGGGUUGGUUAUUGGUAUAUUGUGUCUAUAUAUUAUGUUCGUGGCGCCAGGUAUAAGUGCGUGUACCAAGGUGUGCAGUCUCGUGCGUUGUAAUGCGUUUUGUAACUGUAUUGUGGAUGUAGGAUGCAAGACGAUUGGUUGAAAGUGUAUUCUAUUCAGUCUUAACGUAUAAAAACCCUUGCAACAAGUAUUCUGUCGAUAUAAUAUAGACCUUUGUAAUUGGAAUUUGUAAGUGUACGUUUUAUACAAUGAUAGAUUUAUAACUGCAUAUAUACAAAUAUUAUUACGGCAAAAGUUAGAAAGUGUGGGAAAGAGAUUUAAACGUAUUGCAAUUGUUUUGCCAAGUAUCAACAAUAAACGAAAGAAAAUAAAUCGUAAUGUCUUCCUAAUUUUGUGCGGAAAGAGGAACUCGAGAAAAUGUAUUUCAUUCCUACCAGUGAAAUAU